GGUUUAAUCCAAUAAAUCUCUAAUUAUUUUCUCACAUAGCGUCUCUUCCUAAAAUACUGAAGCUCUGAACAAUUCUCCCGUUCAAAUUUGAAAUGGUUAAUCCCGAAUCAGGAGAUUUAGGUGUUUCGCAUUCGCGCAGAUCACUUCGUGAUCUUUCUUGGUCUGAACUACUUCCUUCGUCACUUGAAGAUGAUGGGCUCAAUUGGGAUGGAUCACAAGAUGUUUUAGAAAGGUUUCAUUGCGUAGUAGGUGAUGAUACAGCGAAAGAGAUCUUACGAAGAUGUCCUGAAUUUAGAACAAGAUUGCAGAAAAUUGGAUGCAAUUGGAAUCUGAUUCAUUUGGCUUCAGAAUAUGGAUACGUCGAGCUUGUAAAGGCUCUAGUAACUAAAGAUGCUAGUAUCUGUUCGUCGCUAGAUCUAUCGAACAAAAGUCCUCUUGAUUAUGCGGCCAUGUCGUGGCGAACGCGGGUUAUUAAUGAACUACUUUCUCCUAAAGUCUGUACCCAAUUAAGCGUCGGUGAAGUGAAGCUGUUGUUGGAGAAUGCUCUUUGUAUUGCCGUCAGGAAGAACCGCGCAGCCUUUCGAGUGUUGGCGAUGAAGUACAUGGAGGAUUGGGUCCAUCAGUAUGAUAGAAUAAAAGCAGCCAAGAUGGAUACCAAAGCUAGACUGCUUAUGUGUGUUAUUCAAAUGGGAGAUUUCGAAGGCUAUAAGGACUUAGUUCACCGCCGCUGUCCAGACAUCCUUGAUUACGUAUCCGCGUUCCCUUUUGGGGGUACACCGUUACAUAUUGCUAUAAAGGCCGGGAAGGGGAAACUAACUGAAUUCGUAAAAGAUAUCAUACGAAGAAAGCCUUAUUUUGCACGUGAGCUGGAUCACAAGGGGCACACACCCCUUGACAUUGCAUCAAUUCAUGGUUACCUGGAGAUCGUAAAAGAGCUACUUGACCAAGUUGGUCCUCAUCUAUGUUCUCUCCAUAAGAAUAUAACUUUUUGGAAUCAAUUGGAUGAUGAUCCUGAUGAAUAUCAUAUAGAGAAUAUAAACGAUACUUACAAUAGAACAAAAUUGUUGGCAGACAAGGAUGAUGAGGCUGAUCAAGAAAUGCGACAUAUUUUCAUGAAAGAUGAUGCUCUUUAUUAUGGUAAAACUUCUAUUACCUAUGCAAUCCAUCAUGAACGAAUUUCAGUAAUUAAAAAACUGCUCCCUAUUUGGUGGAAAUCCAGUGGGGUGGUAUUAAAGGCACGGGAUAUCUCUCUGUUUUCGGAUUUAAAAAAAGCUAAAGAGGGAGAGUACUCAGAAACACUGAAAUUGUUGAUGGGGUGGUACAUGGGGGGUGAGCUUUUAAACUCUCGGGAUUGGGAUACAACUAAUGCAUCACAGUUGGCUAGUUCCUACAAAGAGAUCGUAAAUCAUCUAUUAAAUCCAAAUAUUUUGCAUCAUCUGUCUUUGUUUUUUGUUAAGGAAAGCAAAAAAAAAGGAAGGUCUGAUAACCAUUGCUCCGCAGUCAUCGAAGUCACAGGUGGUACCACAAACGUGGAAGCUAAUGCCGUUUACCAAAUGCUCAUGACCACUUAUUAUCCCGAGUAUUUCAGGGAAGUGACAGCUCUAAGCCAAAGUGUCCUUAAUCUUUGGGUGGAUAAAGAAAAGUCCGUAAUAACAUUCAAACUCUCUAUGAGGAGUCUUCUCUUUCAAAGCAAAAUUUCGAAUCAUGGAGAUUUCUUGGGCACUCUAUCAUCCAAGUUCACCAAAAAAGAGAUUGUGGAAAAGUAUAAAGUUGAUAAUGUAGUUGGAAGACUUCUUACGAUAUGGAAAAAGAAUCACGAUGUUGAAACAUUAUCUUCAGAAGACGGAAAUCAGGUACCCAAUAGUUCAGAUGGUGCUAGAGACGGAGCAAAUGAAGUAGCUACUGAUUCUACACAACAUCCACCUAAUGGUGAAGUUAACAAUGAUGAUUGCAUAAUCACAACUGCGGAAAAUGUUAUUGGUAAUAACUCGAUUAUGAUUAAUCAAACAUAUACAUCAUCCUUAUUCGGUCAAAAGCAUUCAUCUGCAAAAGAAUGUCGCGACGCCAUCCUGAAUGCCUCCAUACGAGACAGAAGGUGUGUUAAGUUCGAGAAAUCUACCAGGAAAUUAAUCGUUGCCAAGUGCUCCCAUGAGAGUUGUAAGUGGAGGUUAGACGCGAAAGAUGUUACGGAUGGUUUUCUUGUGAGUAAAAGAAUAACCACCGAACAUACAUGUUCUGCUUCUUCGAGCAACGCAAAUAAUAUGGCAACUUCUGCAUGGGUUUGUCCUCGCAUUAUUGAUAGCGUAAGGCAAAACCCAAAUUUUCAACCGAAGGAGAUUAUAGAUUUGAUUAAGCGUGAAUUCCUAAUUGAGAUAAGCUAUAUGACGGCAUACAGAGCAAGGGAACAGGCUAUAGAGAAAAUACAUGGUUCACCAACGGACUCGAAUAUCAUACUCCCGAACUACAUCGACAACAUCUUGCGAUCAAAUCCAGACAGCAUUGCAAUUUCAGAACCCACAGAAGAUGAGAAGUAUCACCGUGUGUUCAUAUCAUAUAAGGCAUGCAUCAAAGGUUUCUUAAACGGUUGUCCUGAUCUUGUGUUCUUUGAGAAAUGCCCUAUCAAAAAAGGACAUGAAGGUAACAUACUUGCAGCAAUUAGUGUAGAUGGGAAUAAUGACAUGUUUCCAUUUGCAUUUGCAAUCGUGGAGAGUGAUUCGAAAAGUGCAUGGGAGUACUUUUUCCAUCAUUUGAAAUAUUUUGUUGGAGAUCUCCGAAUGACAAUAAUAUCAAACCCUUCUUAUAAUCAGUUGAGUGAAGUUGUUGAAUCUUAUUUUCCUGAAGCAAGGCAUGGGCCUUGUACUUGGCAUUUGGCUCGGGAGAUGACGAAGAAAUUUGGGUCUAAGAUUGUAGAUAAGUAUUUUUGGCCGAUGGCUAGGGCUUUAACCAAAGAGGAAUAUGACAAACUCCUUGCGAAUCUGAUGGGUACAGAUCAAACAGCAGCUGAAUGGAUAGAAAAAAACCUCCCGGACAAUUGGGCUACUUCGGAUUUUCAAAGAGAUUCCUACAUAUAUAUGAACAUUAAUGUUGCAGAAGCAUACGGCCAUUGGAUUCAACCAUCAAGGAAUUUGCCCAUUUCAUCUAUGUUGGAGCGAAUAAGCAUUGACUUGACAAACAUGUUCAAUGAUAGGAGAACGAUGGCCAUCAACUCAUCAACUCGUGUCACUAAAUAUGCUGAAAAUUUGAUUACGGAAGCCGAUGAAGUCUCUAAAUUUCGUUACGUGCUGCAACAAGAACAGUCGGUAUAUGAGGUUGAGGAUAGCAACAAUCUGAAGUACCGGGUAGAUCUUUCAGAUAAGAGUUGCUCUUGUUUGUUUUGGCAGAAGGUAGGGAUCCCGUGUUCCCAUGCACUUGCCACAAUUAAGAAAACAGAAAAAGAUAUAUCUUAUUCAAAGUUUUGCAAGGCCUAUUACUCGACAGAAAGUUAUCAAAUGGCUUAUAAAGAUACUAUAAACCUUGUCUUACUUGAUAAACCAGUCAACACUAUCCUACCUAUUAAAAGGGGAAUAUCGGGUUCUACUUCUGAAGCCGGGAGAAAGAAAUCAAAGACACCUGUCAUGCAUUGUUCAUUAUGUAAGAAAUCAGGACAUACGAAAAAGUCUUGCAAAAGCCUUCUUUCCUGAGCAUUUAGAUUGAUAGCACCGCGUCUGGUGGGAAAUGUUGAUCGCUGAUUCCUGUUCGUUAUGGAGGGAUUAUGUCCCGCACCGGGUGAUGGCUCCGUUAUACAGAUGCAUAUUCCUUUCGGUAUUUUUUUGUGAAAAAUACUAGAACCAUCCUAUUAUAUGGGUUCAAUAUUUUGAAGCCCCAUCAAAUGGAUCCUUCAUUAUCAACUUCAUACUUUGACUUUUUUGAUAUUUCUAGGCCCAGAUCUUUAAUGGAGAGAAAAUUAACAAUACUGAAGGUUAAUUUCGGUAUUUUAUGAUUUAUUAAAAGAUCCGCUGACGUCAGAAUCUGAAAAUCAAAUCAAAUCAAAUCUAUUCUCUCUGCUCUCGUUCAGAAACAAAAUUGGAGAUUUUUCUUCAGACAAAUUCGUGUGUUUGAUAGUUUCAUACUGAAGAAAACGACUAUUCUUUCGUUUGAUAGGAAGAAAACGAGGAGAAGAAGAAGAAGAACAUAUUGUUAAUUUUCUCUCCAUUCGUUGAGUUGUAUUCACUGGUUUUUCAGAUCUGACGAGAUUGUGAAGAUGCAUUGAUGAACACAAAUAAGUUUG